CCAGUCUCCUACACAUAAAAGAUAUAGUCAUUAAAACCAGACGUCGCGGGCUUAGGUAGCAUCUGAGCGCAAGUUACUAUGUACCUGAAGUGGUAAGGCUGCUGUCGGCAAUGGAACUUGAGUGUGACACUACCAAUCGACAAACUGUAACCUCGUCUUCGAUAAGCAUCGAAGCUCACAUAUGACACUGCCCACACUACAAGCCGAAGGGCUGAUGAGUGCACGAGAAGCGGCCAGAGUAUAUAUAUAACAAACUGUGUGGCGACAAUACGUAGCUAUAUGCGUGCCCGCGCUGGCUGUACCAAGCGAGAAACAUGCCUACAGAAGAUACGCCGCUCCUCCACGACCUCGUCCUUCAGCGAUCCAUACCUGCCCUGGCACAAGCAAACCCGGAUCAGGCGAAUUGCCCCGCCAGGGAUACACCAGUCUUUUCCGCUGACGCGCAAGCCCGCAAUGCUGCGCUAUCCAAGGUGAGCUCGGUAUUCACCGAGCGCGCGAGGCGCCUGUGCGAGGCCGGCGAGUCCGAUGAGACCCUCGAAUAUUGCUAGUGCGUAGUCGGGCUCGAGAGAAUCGCACUGACGUUGGCGUUCUGGAGGUGCUCUGACCCCGUCCUUGCUUGACUACGCGAUUGACUGUGCUUGUCAACGGCGGCGCCUUAUUGCAUGAGAGAAGCGUGCGUAAAGACGGGCAUUAUAUGGGUUGUGCGGCACGUUCCUGACAAGG